UAUCUGAUUAAAUGAUACACUCUCCUGAUGAAAGGUCUAGCAAUGGAAACAUGUGUUUUGAUUCCGGCCGAGUUUAGUCUGGUUCUGAUCUCAUCCUUGGACAGAAAGGUCAGUCAUGCUUAUGAGCUUAGGGUUUGUGUGUGGAGUAACGAAAAAAUACCCCGAGGAAGGAGAUUCUUGCCGUUCCAAGGAACUCUUAGGCUGGACAAAUUAGACGUCUAUGGUUAUUUGGAAGAUAGCGAUGUACGACAUCAAUUUGGCUGCUAUGAUGAAGUUCAAGACACUGAUGACCGUCGUGUGCGUCAUUGUAACUGGGUGCGGUUCCUUCGAGUUUCUUCAACGUUUUGUCCGGAAGUCAACCUUAUCGGAUCAUUAGUCAAAGGUGAACCAAUAUAUGAGGUUAUACGAAACGUUGCACCAAACACGGAACUGGUAGUUUACUACGAAACAUUAGAAGAAGAUUGUGGAACUCCAUUUUCGUUUCUUGCUGCUCGACAUCUCACUGCAGCUCACUAUCGGCAUGCCAUCGGACUGGUCUUAGAAGAGUCUCCACUUGACCUAUCAAAAUCUUUAUUAUCUUCAAGAGUGCCAAUUAUAUCUCAAAGGAAUACCGAUCGCAGAAAUCUGGGCACAACCUUCCCAGAGACAGAGAAGCGACGCUCGGCAUCAAGUGACUGUCUUUCCAUGAGUGAUGAGUCUGCAGGGGUUGAGGCCCGUCAGUUGCCGGUAAAGAAAGCCCGGGAGCGAACACUACUGCCUUGUGAGGUGUGCGGCAAGGCUUUCGACCGUCCAUCCUUGCUCAGAAGACAUAUGCGAACCCACACAGGAGAGAAGCCUCAUGUUUGUGAAGUGUGUGGUAAGGGUUUCAGCACAUCAAGCUCUCUCAACACCCACCGCAGGAUCCAUUCCGGUGAGAAACCCCACCAGUGCCACAUCUGUGGCAAACGGUUUACAGCUAGUUCCAACCUAUAUUACCACAGAAUGACCCACAGCAAGGAGAAGCCACACAAAUGUACUUUAUGUGCCAAAUCUUUCCCCACACCCGGGGAUCUGAAGAGUCACAUGUAUGUCCACAAUGGUUCGUGGCCUUUCAAGUGUCACAUUUGUAACCGUGGGUUUAGCAAGCAAACGAACUUGAAGAAUCAUCUCUUCUUACACACGGGGGAUAAACCUCACGUUUGUGAAUACUGUCAAAAAAAAUUUGCUCUUGCCUGUAAUCUUCGAGCUCACCUUAAGACUCAUGAAGGUGAACUCCAAGAAAGUUGCUCCCAAUGUGCCAAACAUUUUCCUAUAUCUGCCAAUAUGCUCAAUCAUGGAUCCUGUCAGAAUUGCUAUCAAAAAAAUAAUGGGAUCGCCCUGAUGAAGAAGAAGGAGAAAGAAGAAAGCAGAGAAAUAGUCUCGCCUUCUGGUACAAAGACUUACAAUGCAGUUGUAGAGACUGGAAACUCUCGAUCUCCUCUUCUUUAUGGUAUUUUGGACCACGUGAUGGUGCAGUAUGGAACAGCGAAUGGUCAAAUUUUAGAAGGGAAACAAAUUUUCAAUGCUAGGUCUUGAUU